UGACACUCACUGAUCAGAUGUAGAGAAGCUGUAGAUUCUUACUGUUUAUAACGAGAAAAAAAUCGAAGUGAUUUUAUUGGAUUUUAUUCCGAGCAACAAGUUGUUGAGGUUAUUAUAUUGAGACGUUACCUUACGUGAUUAAAGUGAAAUCACGCGUGAUUAAAGUGAAAAUGAACAAGGAGGAUAAGAGGAAUCAUGUAGAAAGAAAAUAAAUAAAACAGAUACCAAUGAAGAUGGUAUCUGCUGUCGUGUUGGGUGUGGUAUGUGGAAUGACUGGUAUGAUUGUAGCUGUUGUCAUAGUAAUAAUAUGUCGGACUUACCGGAAGCGAAAACAUCGCACAUGUCUGUCACCUUGUGGAUAUGAUGCUGUAGGAGACUACAAACCACCGUCUUUAAUGUCUGUUUCUGCAAGUUCACAGGAUGUUCAUCUGUCAAAGGAGUCAAGGACAGUUCAGCCAAGGUCUUCUACAACAUCUCGAGGCAGCAUCUCUACAAUGUCACGUGGUAGUGUUAGAAGCGAUCCCUUUACAGAAGACACAAGUAGUAUUAGUGCGCGUAGUGACACUAGUGUUGAUAGCUUUGUUUUUGACCCGUCUGUUGGUGUUAUUCGACCUGAUUUAUAUCCAAGGAAAGAUGCAGUUUUACAGCAGUCUUCGCUAGAUCAAUGUCAAGGUCGACUACACAUAAGACUUAAAUAUGACUUUAGAACUUCAGAUGUCGUUAUACAUUUAAUUGAAGCUCAGGAACUUUGUUUGCCAGAAUCACGAGAAGCGGAAGUAAGCUUCGGAGAUCCUUACGUAAGAAUCUGCAUGUCACCGGAAGUUGAUGAACGAAUCCGUCAAUCAUCUGUCAAGAGAAAGACUUGCAAUCCGUUCUUUAAUGAAUAUUUCAAAUUCCCUGUGACAUUUGAUGAUGUUCGGGAUAAACAAAUUGUUUUUCUUAUCUACGAUUACGACAAAUUUUCAAGACAUAAAUGUAUAGGAGAGGUACAAGUUGAUCUAGGGAAAAUAGACGUCAGCAACAGUGUUGAAAUGUGGUGCGACAUUCAAAAAUAUCAAAAGUUUACAGGUGAGAGUGGAGAUUUACUGUUGUCACUUGGAUAUUUACCUGCUGCAGAAAGACUAACUAUUGUUUUGAUGAAAGCCAAAGAUCUAAAACUAACAGGAGACCCAUAUAUUAGAGUAGCUCUCAUUGUGGAUGGAAAGAAAAUUAAAAGAAAGAAGACAUCUGUUAAAAAAGGAACAACUGCUCCUGUGUGGAACGAAGCCCUGUCAUUUAAUGUGCCUGCUGAAGUUUUGCCUAAAGUUAACCUUGAAAUUACUGUUAUAGAUCAUGACCUAAUAGUUGGAAAAUGCGUACUUGGUUCAUCACGUGAAGGUCAUGAGGGGAAACAUUGGAACGAAAUGUUAACGAAUCCUCAUAAAUCAAUGGCCAUGUGGCAAGCUUUACAUAGACAAUAACCAUUUUUGAUAGGCUGAAAUUUCAAAAUACAUUACCUACAUUCUAAAGAUUAUAUAUUUAGCAACGUGUUCGCUAGUUCGCAAAAAAGGAAAUUUGUAUCUUUCUUUGUAUGGAUAAUUUAUCAGAGGUUAUGGUUUGAUAAACAUAAGGAGAUGUAGCUUAAUAGCCAUUAGGACAACUAUCAAUAGACUAAAUGAUAAAAAUGUAAAUAAUCACAAGUCACCUGACAUUCGACAAUGAACAAAACCCGUUAGGUUCAUGAGUGAGGUCUUUUAAACUUCAUCUUUAAUUUACGGUUAUUAAACAGAAACAUUGAAAGAGGAAAUAUUUCAACAUGUUCAUUUACUGCUGUAUAAUAGGCUGACAUCGAUAUAUAAAUGUUCAUGACUUGUGGUGGAAAUAGAAGACUUCGAGUUUUUGUAAAAAUCGCCAACAAAGAGACCAUCUUGAUUAUCAAAUUGAACAAACAAACGCAUCGAAGUAAAAACUGAUAAAGAAACAUGUAUCGCAUGUUUUUUGUAUAAUGCCAAACAAAAACAAGUCUUGUGUUAAGGUGUUCCUACCUUCAAUAUUUUCGUUUCUGAAAAUAUCUAUUCUAAAUUUUUUAUUUAACACUUUUGGUAGUGAAAUAUUUGAGGUUUCCUACAUUACUACAUCUGUGUGAAGAAGAACCCUUAACACACACAUGUUUUUCCUUGAUCAAAUGUAACUUAUUAUUGUAUUUUUUUCAGAGAUAAACCGCUAUUAAGUGUAAGAACGUCAUUUAUUACGUUCAGUGUUUGUUUGUUAUUAAAUUUAAAAAAAAACAUACGGAGUAAAGAAUAACUAUUAAAGACGUAUGUCUUUGCAAAAUUCCGUGACUCGAAUUGAUCGUUCGUCAUAAACCAUUUGGUUGUACAUUAUCUAAAAUCAAAUCCUCGUUUAAACAUGAAGUAUCCAGUAUACUUACGACUAAUUUUUUAACGAGAUUAACUGUUGACAUUAUCAUUUAUAAUCAAGUGUCGUACUUUAGUUUAAACACUGUUCUAUCAUCUAUAAGCUAAAUAUAUUUUAAACGCAUUUCAUUUACGUCGUGAAUUUACCAUCUUCAGUUAUAUACACUUGAUGUCAACAGUUUCGCCGAUAUGAUAAAAUACAUACAUGUAUGUAAAUAUGAAAUUUAUCGGGUUGAAACUGUUAUAUAUUUAUAUAUAUACAUAUUCAUUAUGUCACAAAAGAUAGAAGAAAUAUUAAUAUUUGUUCAUGUGCCUUCAUAUUUUAAAGACACAAGUUAGUAUUAUGACAAAGGGGAAAUAACUCGAAAACAAUUUUAAUCAUCUUUAUCUGUUAUUUAUGAUAUUUCAAUUUUAGUUCAGACUGGUGUCACGUAACCAAUUCAGUCAAACGUUUCCAGUGUAUAUCCUCACGUUGGAUAUUUGCUGUUAAUUCAUUCCAUUACUAUUUGAAUCUUGUAACAGGUUUUCAGUUAUAAUUCAAAGUUCAUCACCAGGGGCGGGUCCACAAUAUUGCGUUCGUGGAAGCUGGAAAAUAGGCGAAAGGAAAUCUGAAGGCCUUUGUCUCUGCAGGUUCAAGGGAAAGGACACUGUGAGUUUAUACAAACGGGCGAAGCUUCCCGAAAGCACCUUACAUUUCACGAUUUGAAUUCUAUUUUCACUCCAGCAACCCAGCUUUUGCAGUUUUAGGAGGUGGGUGUUUUUGACGAAACUCUCCCGCCCCAGUUCUCUACAACAUCACAUCAUAUCACGGUGUUCAUUCCAUGCCAUUAUAUUUUAGUUAUGCAGUUGUUAUAACGAAACUUUAACCUUAUUUUCAAGUUAUGAUUAAAAAAUCUUUAAACUUUGAGUUUUAUCGUUGUUACCUUAUUGUUUUUAAGAAUGACUGCUUGAUUCUCGAAGUUUUUUUUCUAAAUAUGUUGUUAUAAUACACCCUUAUCAUCCGUGUUUAAUCAAAUGUGUAUUGUGUCAUGUGAAAAGUUAUAUUUUAAAGUGAAUAAUUGAUAUGUAUAUAUUGAAGAAAGAAGAGUAAAUAAAGCUAUAAUUGUGA